AUGGCCACGACCUCAGACGACGAGUAUGAGAUACCACUCCGCGAUCAGAGAUACUUUGGUGCCGGUAUCAAACGCAAAAGAAUACUCUUCGUCGCUUCCACGAGCGAUGAGGCGAUCCUGACUCCCACCAGGCCAGCAACAACAACAACAACAACAGCAGCCGACAGAUACCUCGCUAUUGUUCUGAAGACGCCCAAGGUUGACGCACUUACUGCAGAUCACGCUGUCGGAGGCGAAGUAGCUGGAGAUCAACUCAAGACUGACGAUCCCACGUGUAACAUCUGUCAUCGCCCUAUGACCGCCGAAGACACUACACAGUCGCACUCAACAAGUAUAGCACAUCAGAUCUGUCUCCAGCACUCUCACCCGCCAUCACAUGUAGACCGCACACGUAAGGGUCUAGCGGUCCUCGAGAACCAAGGCUGGGAUCCAGACAGCCGUCUAGGUCUUGGAGCAGCUGGAGAAGGUAGGCUGUAUCCUGUCCGAGCCACCGAGAACCCAAACAAAGCUGGUCUUGGUGCUCGAUUCGCUAAGCCGAAGCCCAUUGAGAAGCCUAUCAGGUUGGACGCCGGAAAGACACGACUGAUGGAGCAAGAGGGAAAGAAGACGGCUGAGAGGCUACGAAAUGCUUUUCAGAGAAGCGAGGAGGUUGAGAAAUACUUGAGUGGCGAGCAAGCGAACCAUAUUCUGGAUCUCGCGGCGUUCAGGAGAGCGAAGACGAGGAGGUAA